GGUCGCGGCGGUCCGGCGGGAAAGAACGGGACGGCGGGGGGAGGUGUGUGGAGAAAUUCAGAAGGAGCGGAGUAAAUAGCCCGAAGUUGUGUCGGCUCUAGUGGGAAGCGAAAGUGAAGCUUGAAGUUGGGAAUCGUGCAGGAAGAGAGAAACCCGUGUGGGGAGUGAUGGAGAGGGAGGUCUGUGAGCACAUGACUGAUGGGGGUGGGGGACAUACUUUGGUUUAGAAGAUGUAGGUUUAGGUACUGAGUGCAUUUUCGAGAGGGAUAGUUGUUUAACCAAAUGCCCCUCAGUCUGAGUGCGCUCUUUAGAGGUCUGUGGAUUCUGACAAAUACAAAGUCAUCACCGGUGAGAGGAGCCGCAGGCCAAGGGGACAAACAGGCAAGGGUUUGGGGUAGACGUGGUAAGGUGGAUUGGGAGGGGAUGAGCAAGCAGAAACUGAAGAAGGUCAAGUUCAGUUACAGGUUAGGGCGAGAUGGCAUAGGGAGAAGGGAUGUAAGUGGUUUUGGGGGGAUCUGGAAGCCAGGAGUGCUUUCUGGGUGAAAGUGGGUGGGCUGGAGAAAGCUUUUCAUGCCCCUUCAGGGCCAAUGCCAAGAAAAUUAAUUCAUAGAAAUCGAUAGGUAUGAGAUAAAAAUGCCCAGUUGGGAGGAACUUAGCUAGUGAGAGAUGUUAUAGGAAACAUUCGUGUCAUGAUAUCUUCAUGAUAGGCAUGCUACUUUCAGGCAUAGGUAUAAUGGUGUCUCUUGACUGAGCAGUUAGAUUUUUCAUCCUUUUGGAAAACAUGACUUUUUACCUUAUUGAGGGGAGUUGUGAAUGUGAUCUAUUUAGAUUGAAGCCUUACUGAACCAAGAGUGCAAGAAGGGAGUUUCAAGAAUUCAGUGGAAAGCAAUUUAAAAAAAUUAAUUGACUAACUAUAGAACUGCGCCAAAGAAAAAAGCCAGAGUCUUCAGAAAAUAAAGAAUCUGCCAAAGAAGAGAAAAUCAACAAUACUGCAAUUCCUGAAAGAGUUCCAAAACAUAUAUUAUUUCAGCGCUUUGCAAAGAUAUUCAUUGGCUGUCUUGCAGCAGUUACUAGUGGUAUGAUGUAUGCUCUCUAUUUAUCAGCGUACCAUGAACGGAAAUUCUGGUUUUCCAACAGGCAGGAGCUUGAACGGGAAAUCACAUUUCAGGGUGAUAGUGCCAUUUAUUAUUCUUAUUAUAAGGAUAUGUUAAAGGCACCUUCAUUUGAAAGAGGUGUAUACGAACUGACACACAAUAACAAAACUGUAUCUCUGAAGACUAUAAAUGCAGUGCAGCAAAUGUCUCUAUAUCCAGAACUUAUUGCCAGCGUUUUAUAUCAAGCAACUGGUAGCAAUGAGAUUAUUGAGCCAGUAUAUUUCUAUAUUGGCAUUGUUUUUGGAUUGCAAGGAAUAUAUGUCACUGCUUUAUUUGUUACAAGUUGGCUUAUGAGUGGAACUUGGCUAGCAGGAAUGCUAACUGUUGCAUGGUUCAUUAUUAACAGGGUAGAUACGACAAGAAUUGAAUACUCCAUUCCUUUAAGAGAAAACUGGGCACUACCAUAUUUUGCAUGCCAAGUUGCUGCACUUACAGGCUAUUUAAAAAGCAACUUAAAUUCUUAUGGAGAGAGGUUUUGCUACUUGUUGAUGAGUGCUUCAACUUACACAUUUAUGAUGAUGUGGGAGUACAGCCACUAUCUCUUGUUUCUUCAAGCAAUAUCUCUCUUCUUGCUAGAUAGUUUUUCACUGGAGCAAAGUGAAAAGGUUCAUGAAGUUUAUAAAAUCUAUAUAUUUUCUCUCUUUCUGGGAUAUUUACUGCAGUUCGAGAAUUCAGCUUUAUUGGUAUCUCCUUUAUUAAGUUUUGUAAUAGCCUUAAUGCUUGCUAAGUGCCUUCAGCUGAAUGUGAAGAAAGGAACUUUCGUGGCUAAAAUAAUGAAAGUGAUUAAUUUUUACUUGGUGUGUACUCUGACAGUGACAUUGAAUAUUAUAAUGAAAAUGUUUGUCCCACACAAAGAAAAUGGACAUAUGCUGAAAUUCCUUGAAGUAAAAUUUGGACUAAAUAUGACUAAGAAUUUUACAAUGAAUUGGCUCCUAUGUCAAGAAUCCCUUCAGGCACCAUCUCAAGAAUUUUUUUUGCGAUUGACACAAUCUUCUUUAUUACCUUUCUAUAUUUUAGUGUUAAUUACUUGUUUUCUUUCUAUGAUUCAGGUUAUUUUUAGGAGAAUUAAUAGUGGUAAGUCCCUGAAAGAAACUAUUACGCUUGAAGAUGGACAAAUUGGAGAAAGGCCAGAAAUAAUUUAUCACGUGAUUCACACUAUUUUAUUGGGCUCUCUUGCAAUGAUUAUAGAAGGCUUGAAAUACCUCUGGACUCCUUAUGUGUGCAUGUUAGCAGCAUUUGGUGUAUGUUCUCCUGAACUUUGGAUGACACUUUUCAAGUGGCUUCGAUUACGAACUGUACACCCAGUAUUGUUGGCUCUCAUUCUGAGCAUGGCUGUCCCUACCAUAAUAGGUCUCAGCUUAUGGAAAGAGUUUUUUCCAAGAUUAAUGACAGAAUUAAUGGAACUACAAGAAUUUUAUGACCCAGAUACGGUGGAACUUAUGACCUGGAUAAAAAGGCAAGCUCCAGUCGCAGCUGUUUUUGCAGGAAGUCCACAGUUAAUGGGUGUGAUUAGAUUAUGCACUGGAUGGAUGGUGACAAGCUUGCCUCUUUACAAUGAUGAUGAUCUUCUCAAGAGAAAUGAAAAUAUCUAUCAAAUCUAUUCAAAGCGAUCUGCUGAGGAUAUUUAUAAAAUACUGACAUCCUACAAGGCUAAUUACCUAAUUGUAGAAGAUGCUAUCUGCAAUGAGGUGGGAACCGUGAGGGGCUGUAGGGUUAAAGAUUUAUUAGACAUUGCAAAUGGCCACGUGGUUUGUGAAGAAGGUGACAAGAUAACCUACUCAAAACAUGGAAGAUUUUGUCAUGAGGUCAAAAUUAACUAUUCUCCUUAUGUGAAUUAUUUCACUAGAGUAUACUGGAACAGAUCCUACUUUGUGUAUAAAAUCAACACUGUGAUAUCCUUUCAGUCUUGAAAAAUAGCAGAGCCUUCAUUUCAAAGACUUAUACCACCUGAAGUAAAAUGCAAUUUUCUUCUACCUACGUGGUGUCUUUUGGAAAUCAGAGUAUGGACAUUUGAAAUGUUGCUGCUGCUUUUCCCCUCCUGCUGUUAACUGGAUCUAGAAUUCUGUGGGGGAAAGAAGAUCAAACAUUACUGUCCUUUGGUAAAAUGUCAAACCUGCCACUCUGCAUCAUUCCAGCCAGGUGUCUUCCUUACUGCUACAUGGUCUUUAAAGGUUUUACCUUCUAAACUAUUGUAAAAUUUUCCUCAUAAAUCUUCAUUCCAUCAUAACAUUAGUCUUGAAUUUGAAUAUGUUCAAGGUCAGAGUAUAUAUCUCAAAUAUAACAUUUAAUAAAUAAUUAAUGUGGUAUAAUUAUAGAAUAGAAGGAAAGAAUUAUUCUUUCCCUCAAGAAAGUUUCUGAAGGUAUUUCAUGGUGUAUAAUAGAACUGAAAUAUUACAAUAAAAAACUAAUUUAAAUGUUCACUGAAAAUUUGUGGCAUUUAAAUUAAAAUGGAAAUUAUAUAAAGGAAAGUGAUUUUUAAGGAUAUACAUAAAGAUAUAUCCAGAUUUUCCACGAUACUGCUCUCCUCAUUUGCUGCUUAUGUAAAUGAGCACUUUCUUAGUCAUAUACGGUGUAUGAUAUUGCAUUUCAUCACUUUAUGACUAUUAAGUGGUUAGUUUUUUCACUUACGCCCAUAAAUUUGAUACCAAUUUAAUCAUGAUAAAACAGUAACUCUUGUUACCUAUGUUUUUUUUUUUUUGGUUUGUUUGUUUGUUUGUUUUGCGGUACGCGGGCCUCUCACUGUUGUGGCCUCUCCCGUUGUGGAGCACAGGCUCCGGACG